GCUGCCCGCCGCGCCUGCGGGCUCCCAACGCGCUGCCUGCAGGACGCGCCGGCUCCCCGAAGGGCUCGGCUGUGGUUUCGUAUUUCAUUUCCCUCGCACGCUACACCCGAAUUCCAGACGCUUUCUGGCUUGGCUGCUGCAUGGACUCAGAGCACAGGUCCUUUGCCGUACCCAGAGGAGGCAGACGGGGCUUCCCUCGGCUCCGGGGAGUGGACCAUGAAGACGUCAAUUGUGUUUCUGCUUUGCGCCUCGGUUUUCCCAGGCUUUUCCCAGGGCAGAGUUGUUGGAGAGGAUGAAACUGGUUUUGCCGAGUGUAAUGUGUUCUUCCCUGGACAAGUCCCACCCGAAGGAUUUACAGAGCCUUUCCACGUGAAAAUCUGUCAGCAAUACAACAAAGAGCCUCGCUUUGCAACCCUCUACAGUACUAAGGACAAAAUCCCUCUUUAUUCAGCUUUUAAGUAUACCAAGCCAGCCCAAAACAAGGAGGAGAACUGGCUGGUUGAACCACAGAUAGAUGAUCCAGAAAAUGACCUGCAUGAGAUGGUGCAUGAAGCUGAUAUUGCUGACACUGUGGCCAACCUUGGUGCAAAUCAAGCCCUGACCUCAGACUAUGUGGGCUCUGGUUACGAGAGAGGGCUGCUCAAUCCCAGCUCGCUCAACGACGAGGAUUUCCAGAUGGCCACUUACACUCUCACAAACGCCGUCCCUCUGAGCCCGUCUCUGAGCAAAAGCUGGCACGGAGACAUUAGGAUGGUAGUGGAGCAAGCUCUGGUCCCUCACUGCUCCAAGAAGGACCAUCUGUAUCUCCUUGCAGGUGCAAUUCCUUCCAGUGUCCGAGUUAAAGGGAAGGUGUCAGUGCCAGAGACCCUCUGGCUGGCAGCCUGCUGUCAUGCUCCAGAUGGAUGGUCCCUGGGACUAGUAAAAAAAACGAAUGAUGAAAACAGCUUGGUGGACCUCACGGUGAGAGAGCUGGAGAAGCAGCUUCUAGCAGGAGCUCAUCUGUUCAAGGGCAACUGUGGGAAAGACAACCAAAGCCAGGGGAAAACAGAAGCAAUACUGCAAGCUGUCAGUCAGAUCCGCUCGGGAGAGCAAGUAGGAAGUAGUGACAACCAGGAGGCCAAAGACAGUGGCUUGGUGAGAAAACUGGUUGGCAUCAUUGCUACACCUUUCAUCAAACUUCUGGAACUCCUCAUCUACGUGUUUGUGGAGCUGGUGAAAUUUGCAUUUUAUUUUCUGUGGCUUGUUAUCAAACGGGUUGGUGGUACAGUUCUGGAUGGAGUCUACAGCCUGUGCCACGGGGUGGUGUCCUACCUUAAAGCUAUCAGCAUGGUGCUCAUCAGCAUCCCCUAUGAUCUGGGGAGGGUCAUCGUCAACAUCUUCCUAGGCUUCCUGCAAAUUGUUCAAGAUGUGGUAUUCCUCACCUACAGGAUCCUGUGCAUCCCCUUGGGGUUUGCCCUUCACCUCGUUGCUUUCCCUUACCACUCCAUCUGUGCCAUUCCCUCUGUCCUAAAAGACAUGGCUGCUGGGAUUGGAGGCACCUUUUCACUGGUCAUCGAUGCCACAGCUGCAGUUCUGCAUGGCUUUUACUACCUGGCUGGUCACAUAGUCAAACGGUUUGUCCCUAAAGGCUCCUCUGAUGACUGAUGGGGAUGGAAACCAAGGCUGCAAAGACACAGACUCAGGGAGGAGUGGGGAAAAGCUUUAAGAUACAUGGCCAAAUGCUAUCAGUUUUGUUCUGGUAUUUAUUGUAGUGAAAUUAAUAAUAAUGAACCGACUGGGGAGUAAUGGGGAGGGCUGAGGUAACGUUGCUGGGGGUGCCACCACUGUAACUCAAGGUGUGUCUGUUGUUAAGUGUUGGGGUUUUAUGGGUGCAGGCCACAAAUGUUCUGUGAUUUGCAGAUGCUUCCUCUGGGAGUUGCAUGUUAAAUGUGGUACAAGGUUAUUUCUUUCUGGCUAUGAUAAUGCUGAGAGCUAUGCACUGGCAGCGAGCUCUGCAGAAGCCCACCCUGCCAGGGAGGAGGUGGUGGUCAGAGGAGGAUUUUAGUUAUGGAGGGUUUUCUGGGACCUGGAGAAAGGAGAAGGAAGCAUGAGUGCAAGGACUUGUGGCUAGGAAACAGGAGGCAGCAGGGCAUGAUGGGGGCAAGGUCCUGCUUUUUGUUGCACUGCUCAUUGAAUCAAGGUGGAAGGGAUGCAAUCCACUGGUGAAAGGGCUGCAACCAGAUGUAUCUCAUAGUCCUCAGGUCUUUCCAGGCAGCUGAAAUCACAUGGAUCUUGCUGUGAGGAAAGACCUACUGCAUGUUACUUUGCAUGGUGGGAAAACAUUUUCCCUUAGCUGUACCAAGGUUAUCUUCCCCCAACCCUUCCUUGCUCUCUGAUGACGACUGAAAGUUUAAGUCCUGAAGCUUCAAGACAUGGCAUUCCCUGAAGGUAUAAGCCCCUGAAUGUCCCAACCAUGAAGCCCUUGUGCCUGCUCUGAAGCCCAGCAGCAUCUGAGAGUCACGCUUUUGGCUUUGAAUCAGAUGCCUCCUGCCAUGCCUCCCUUGAGGGCUGACAGCUCCCCAGGCACACAGCGUAUUCACAUGCCCAAGAUCUCCACGAGAUGAUGCCCAGGCUGGCAAUGGGUACCACCACAGCUGUCCUUCUGAGGCUUCUUUUGAAAGCACACCUUGCUGGGGAAAAAUUAUGCUCCUGGGUUUCCCUCUAGGGCAGAAGAAAAGCAGCUCUUCCCAUCAGUCUGGGUUUGUGGCAGGGACUUCCCUACAGAAAGAGGACAUGGGAGAGGAGGUGCAUGGGGAGCACGGGAGGGAUUUUGCUGCUUUUGCACAGGGUGAUUUGGUGUUUUCACAGCCCCUUCCUGGAGGCAGAGUUGGAAUCGGGCAGGAGCCAGCCCUGGGCAGGGCAGGUGGGUCCCCCUCUGUGCUGUGCUGGGAGUGCAGCUGGCCUGGGGGACAUGAAGGAAGGUAGUCUUGCAAUCAGGAGAGAAAAGGCAGAGGGAACAGGAGCCUCAUGGUGAGUUACCUGCACUAGGAGGUCCUGGCAGCACUAAUGGAAGAGACCACCCAAGAGAGGAAGAGAGGUCUGCAUGGCUGCUGCAGAUGCAGGAACCAUCAUGUUGAAGCUCAACAUGACCCCGAACAGCAAAGCCUUUUGCUGGGCAUUUCCCCUUCUAAGCUGGUUUUGGAAAUCUGGAGUAGGGAAGAAGUGGUUGCACCCACAGAGGGAGAUCUGGGGUGCAGCACUUAUUUUCUCCUACAUGGCUUGUCCUCUCUGCUCGCUUCUCACCCCUUUUCCUCACUGGUAUGAGCCAGGACCUCCCACAUCUGGGACACCAGAGCUGCGUCAUGUGUGGAGGAUUUUCAGGGGACCAUCAAGGGGUUGUAGCUGGAUGAGGAAGAGGCACAGGGACACCUGGCACUGCUGGAGGAGAGCACAGGUUUGCUGCCAUUCCUCAGAGUUUGACUCAGCAUGGGGCUUUGGAUCUCUUGAUGCAGUUGCCUGCAGGAGGGAAGAUCUGGGUCUCAGCACCAUUUGCUGUGGCUGGACUCCAGGAGGCAUCUGGGAGUCCUACUUAAAUAGAUCCUUCCCUUCACUCCCACCUCUGUCCCUCCUUCCAGCAUCUGGUGGUUGUGGGUCCCUGAUCUGCCUUAGCAUUCCAUAAGGAGUCCCAGGGGUGUGCAAGCUGGUGCUGCCAUCUCUGGGGGAUUGUGUUGGUGGUGGCCAGUCCUGUGCUGAAGAAAGGCUGAUUACUCAACACAGCAGCUUCACCUCCAUGCCUCAUGCUGCCUGCAGCAAGGCUGAGAUGGGGGGAUGGAAUCAGAGGGAAAAGGAGAUGUGGCUGGUUCAUGGUGGUGACAGAGGUGGCAUUCAUGCAACCAACAGUGUGUGCACGUCCCAGACCAGGUGGCACCCUGUUUAGCAAUGAUGUUAAUGGCAUUGGGGAUGUCAGCCAUGAGGAUGCCCAUGAUGAGAUGGGGAGGCAGUGGGAUGAGCAAGCAGAGAGGAUGACUCCUUGUCUUACCCUUUGUGGGUCACAGCUGGUUUGUAGAAAAAGAGAGGCUGCUGACAAGCAGCACUGUCUUUGCUCAAAAGGCAAGUCAGCUUUUGUGUGCUGGGGUGUGUAGCUGGGUGAAGCCAGUGGUAUUUUACACAUCCCUCCUUUGCCUUGGAGCUGUUUGUUCAGGAAUUUCAUGUGCAAGGGGAAAGGUCCAGGUUGCUCCCAGCAGCCUGCUGAUGCUCUCCAAGCCAAACUUUGCAUCAAUGCCUACGCAAACAUGCCUUUCCUACUGCAGAUCCAGGCAUGGAGCUGUUUUCCCACUCCUUUAUGAGACUGUGUCCCAGCCCCUGCACUCCUCUCAUGCUACAUGGCAGCUGUCAAGGCAGGAGAGCAGCCAGCUCAGGUCCCAGGAGAUGCCAAGGUAGGGUGACAGUGGUGCCAGCCUGGAGGACCCCGGGUCUCUGGCAGCCUCUGGAGGCAUGUUUGGUGGCAUAAGCUUUCAAGUGCAGCCCAAGCAUUGGGGAGGAGGUAGCUGCCCCCCCAGCUGUCUGUCUCCUGCCUUCUGCCUGGCCUUGUCUCUGACCCAUCUCAGAUGAGCAGCACUGCAGAGUGGCCAGUGUUGCGCUUCUCAGGGUUCCUUCACCCAAAGCAGAUUCCUCACACCUUAAACCAGCAGCCCCCCACAUCCCAGCUCCAGGAGCACCUCCACUGCACCCCCCAGUCGCAGCAACGUGGGAGCUCAUGUGCUGAGAAGCAGCAAAGCUGGAGCACCUCAGGAGGUCUGCAUUGCCACAUCUCCAUCACCUUUGCUACCCAGCCUCGCUCGGGACAGGCCAGCAGGUCUCCAUGCUGCAGCUGUGUCUUCUGACCACUUAAAGGUGGACAGUCCUUGAAAUCUAGGGGGCUGCAGCACUGCAGGAUUUGGGCAGAUGUGAAGCAAUGGUGUUAAAACUGUUUUGACUUACUCUGAUUCCAAAGGCCAAGAACCGCAACCAGCACGAGGCAUUUUUCUAUUAUGCUGCGUGUCUGAGCAGGUGAUGGGAAAUCUGCCUCCAACGCUGAGCAAUUAUCACGGAACAAGCAACAUCCUGCUACAAACUAACUAUUGUUUGAGAUUAUUCUUAUCUGGGCAUGAUUUAUGGCUUCUGAGCUUUAGUCUAUCCUUGGAAACAUAUGGCUUCAAAAAAUAAAAGUUACUUUUCCAAA